AUGCCUUUGGAAUGCGUUUGCCUGUCUGCCUGCUUGUUUGAUAUUGUGGUGACUAACUCAUACUCUGCUCUUGAGUUCCAACAAGACACAUCUUCACAUAGAAGACACUCUGAAAGCCCUUUGACGAGCAGUCAAAUCCUAGUUUACGGGUGGAAAAAGCAAGGAAAGAUGAGUGCCAACGGGGAAUGGGUGUCCUGGUACGAGAAGCCGCAGAAGCAACAGGCCACCGACACUGGAGAGCAAAAGUCAUCUCUGGGUGCGGAUGAGAAGGAUGCCUCCAUCACGGACCCCAGCAACGUCGACGUCCAGUCCGGCGUCUUCAACAAGGUUUCCAGCACCUUUACGCAGCUCUUUAGUCACAAUCAGAGUCACCUCACGCGCAACCAAACCAAGACACGGAUUGGCUGGACCACCACCGGCGAACUGGGCGUGCUCCGCCAAGAGCAAGACGCGCAGUACGAGUUCAUGGAAGAGCUGGAGCAGAAGAUCAAGGACCUCACGAAGGAGGUGGGGGUGCUGAAGGACCUGGUCAAAGCGUACGAGGCCAAGAUGGAGCGCGACAACGACCUGCUGCAGCACUGCAUGCACUGGAUCACCAUGGUCCAGGUCUUUGGCGACGUGCCCGUGGCGAGGGACCGGAUGAGGUGGAAGCCUGACCGGGACGCGGCUUUGGUGGGCGGUAGUGAGGACGGUAGUGAGGAUGGCAGCGAGGACGGCAACGAGAACGAAGACGAGAACCAAGAGAAACAGUGA